UUGGAAAGCGUAAAACAUGUUGAAAUUGGUUCUGUGUUUAAUUCAUGGCUGCAAUCUUUCUCAAAACUUUGAAGGUAAGGAAAUAGGCAAAAGAACCUUUGGUCGUUUUUCAAGUGUUCUUGAUGUGAUGGAACCAACUACAUGUAAAUUGGAUGUAGAACACACUAAAUUAAAUCGAAGACUUUUCGAUGAAACAAGCGACUGUGAAGAUCCCACCACAGAAGUAGAAAUCACUACUGUACCAACUACUACUGUCACCACUCCAAAACCAGUCACUCCCGAAGGACCAUUUUACAACUUCAUACUGAACAUCUGUGAAGUUAUUCUAACAAAAUUCCAAUCCAGUAGGAUACCUAAAUACUUUAAAGUAUUGAACAGAAGUCUCCGCGGACUUGGAUCGGGUUAUUUAAUGAGGAGAUUGUUGAAUAAAUUUCGAAGAACUUUGCGGACGCUCUCUGAUUUCAAUGGUCGUAUUUUGAAGUUAAAAGUUGUUGAUUUUCUUACAAUUUUAGGGAAACGAAAACCUAAAUCUGACGCAUUCUUUCAUGCUACAAACUCUAUAUUUAACAUUUGGGAUGAUAACAAAAUGGAUGAAUACAUUUACGUGUUGAAAAAGUAUGGUAAUGGAAUAACUAAUCGUAUAGGCGAGAGGACUCGGAAUGUAUUCAAAAAAUUGAUAUUUCGUACAUAUUACAAACAAACAGAUAGAAUAAAAGCGGACAUACAAUAUAAAUUCAAGCUGGCAAUAGUAGAGUAUAUGGAAAGUCGUUAAAAAAAGGAAUUAAUUAAUUGACUUUUGCAAACCGGAAAAUUGUUUUACCUUGCAUGUUUAAUCCAUUUCUUCAAUAGUACAGCCAUGAUCUUGAAAUACAUUCUCGCGUUAUCUUUUAUAAAUUUAAUUUCGCCUGUAAGUAUAAGGUUUUCACACAAAACACCACACGAGAACCAUCUACCAUAUUCAGUGGAAAUAAACGAUUUGAAAAAUGAAGGAAUCUUCCAAAGGUUCAUCAGACACCUUUUAGACUUAUUAUCGAUGGACUUCCCAGAAAGAAAAUUGCUCAGAUAUUGUCGUGUAUUGAACAGGGAGUUAAGGAGCAUGGAAUUCAAAUACACAAAGGACUUAGCAAAACUGUUAAGGCAUUUAUCAAGAAUGUAUCGAUCGGAAUUAAAAAAUCAGUUACUUGAAUACAGAAAGGAGUUGAACCAAAAACUACCAUACAGAACGGAAUUCUUGAAAGGGAUGGAUGAAGUGUUCACCCUGAGAGAGAACAUUCUGUUCGAUGACUACAUUUACGAUCUAAGGGAUUAUGGUUAUGAACAUAAAUUGUACAUACAUGAAGAAACUCGUAAAUUAUUGCGAAACGUAAUACUUGAAACUAUUUAUAAAUUAAGUCCGAGAGACCAAAUUCAGUUGGAAGACAAAUUGAAAAGAGCUUUGAAAGAGCGGAAGGGAUUGUCUAAUUUUAAAUUAUAAUUAAUAAUAAUAAACGCAUAUUUUAAGGCAUAUUGUUUAUUUUUAUGAUGAUGUGGCUCAAGCAAAUUAUUAACUUAUGUAGUAACAAUAUUCCCAGCAAAAAUUUGCUCAAUGAUAAUUAUUAUUGUUGGUAAAAUACGUACUUGUUAAAAUCAUUUGCUUAAGUAAUUGUUAUAAAUACGUUAAGUAAAAUAAUGGUAAAUAAAGGAUUUAUAAAAGAA